GAGUUGUCAAAAUUAGGUUACAGAUUCCUUUUAUACAUUGCCAAAUAAUUCGUUUUCCAAUUUUCUAUAGUUUAAUCAAACGAACUCAAAAGAACAAAAUUAAUAACAGUUGCAAUGUUUCGCGUUUGUAAAUUAUGCGUACCUCGCACCAUGCAUGUCUCGAAACUGAAGCGUCGAAUGUCUCUCGCCAAAAGGUUAUUAAAUGCCAGUCAAGUGAAUUCAUGGGAGAAUACAACCAGAGAACGUAUGUCCGCAACCCAACAAGCACAAUUCAAUUUAUCUGGCAAGCAAAAAAAGACGCAAUCCAACGAUCAGGAAACAACCCAGACAACGACCAGUUCCCAUCGCUGGCCAAGGAAAAUCUUUAGUGGCAUUCAGCCAACAGGAGCAAUGCAUUUGGGCAACUAUUUGGGCGCAGUGAGGAAGUGGACGGAAUUGCAGAAGAAACGCGAAAAUAUUACCAUUAGCAUUGUGGACAUGCACUCAAUAACAAUGCCGCAUAAUCCACCAACAUUGCGUGAAAAUAUUUUCACGAUGGCUGCCACGCUGCUCGCCUGCGGCAUCGAUCCCUCCCACACAACAUUGUUCGUCCAGUCGUCGGUAAUGGAGCACAGCGAAUUAAAUUGGAUACUGAAUUCCUUGACCACGAUGCCGCGAUUAGCUCAGCUGCCCCAAUUCAAGGAGAAAUCGCGAACCGUACGCGAUGUACCCCUGGGCUUGUUUGUCUAUCCGGUACUCCAGGCGGCCGACAUUAUGCUAUAUAAAGCCACUCAUGUGCCGGUUGGAUCGGAUCAAUUGCAACAUAUUCAAUUGGCACAGCACCUGGCGCGCGCUUUCAAUGCACGGUAUGGCGACAUGUUUCCGGUAUGCAAUGCCGUUAUAGAGGAAAACGAUGGCUCACGGAUACUUUCCUUGCGAGAGCCGUCGAAGAAGAUGUCCAAAUCGGAUCAAAAUCCGAAAGGCACCAUCAAUUUGAACGACUCACCCGAGCAAAUUAUCGAGAAGAUUAAAAAGGCCCUCACAGAUUUCACCUCGGACAUCUCGUACGAUCCGGGCAUGCGGCCAGGUGUUAGCAAUCUUGUGAACAUCCAUGCCCAAGUCACAGGCCAGAGCAUUGACACCGUGGUGGAGGAGGCCAAACAGUUGGACACAGCGCAGUAUAAGGAGCGUGUUUCGGAAGCAGUCAUUGAACAUCUGCGCCCCAUUCGAGAAAUGAUACAUAAGCAUUUGAAUAAUCGCAAUGAACUCAUUUAUGUGCUGGAAAUGGGCUCGGAGAAGGCACGUAAAAUGGCGCAGGCAACCAUGGCGGAAGUGCGGCAGCGUCUGGGAUUGGGCACCUCGGGCGUAAGUCCGGCCAGUGUAUUGGUGGCGCCACCACUGCCGGAUCACUCAAGAAUAACGGCCAGUCAGCGUCUGGUUAAGGGCGUCCUUCGUCCGGAUAGCCAGCGAUCCGAGACGGGCUAUAGUAGUGGAUCCACUGUAGUGGGUGGAGAUGCUGGCGAUGCGAUCACCGGAGAAAUGGGUGGCAAACAGGGACUGCGGAAAUCUCGCCAUACGGUUGUGCCCAUCCAGACGAUGCGUGUGGAGAAAUCCUUCAAUCGUUCGCCGUCGCGGCACACCUUUAAGCUGGACAAUUACAAUAUGCCAAAAAUUGGGUUUCGCGAUGCCAAUGUAAGCCUUAACUCCGCCAUUCCUGCUCGGGCCGAUCAGCGUGGUGGUCGUCGCAAUACUUUUGGCUUUGUGGCGCCCAACGCUUUGGGCUCUGUCAAUAACAUGUCCGCCCUGAAGUAUGGCAAUUCGAAUCCCAGUGCCUUGGCUUCGGUGACGAGUCAGGUGAAUGCGGUGUUCAAGCAGCAGGAGACGAUCAGUAGUCUGGCCAACAGUGCGUUCUAUAAAGCAGCGUCCACCUCCUUCAACAGCGUAAAUCCGAAUGUCGUCAAUGUGGCAGCCAAGACCCUCAAUAAUCGCAACAAUCCAACGACGGCAGCUGCGUGCAGUUCGCCUCCUGCAAGCAUUGCAAGCAGCAGCAGCAGUAGCAGUAGCAGCAGCAGCAGCAGCAGCAGCAGUGACACUAGCAAUGCCACGAGCAAGUCCAACACUAAGGCUGAGACCAAUACGAAUAGCACGGGUGGUGCAAGCCCUGCGACGAAGACCACGAGUGCUUCCACUGAGGAAGAGGUUGAAUCAAAUGUCGAAGAACAUGAAGAGGAAGAAGAUGAUACAGCAACAACAGAGACUUUGGUGGAGAAAAUUAAUUAGAGUAGAGGGGUGUAUAAUUGCAAUUGUUUUUAGUAUAGUCUGAUAAUCCAAAAAUCGCUUGUAAUACAUUGUGAUCUAUUUAUGGAAAAUGAUUUACAUAUCUGAUUUUGGAACAGCGCGCCUCGAAAUGGGUAGCAUUGCUCAUGUUAUUAUGAAUGUUAAUAAACAGUGCUAUCGGCAGUGCCGAUAGUCAUGGUAUUUCGGUA